AUGUUGCUUUGCAUCGUAUUAGCAGUGCUUUGUUUUUCCAGUGGAGCUUUAGCGGAUCCAGACCCGCAAAGCUUUACUGAUAUCAUUAUCACGGUUCUUAAAAAACAUGACCCUCUAUUCAUAGAAAAAAUUGAAGGCAACUUAUCCAAACUAAAAUAUACAUUAUACAACAGUACAGCUGAGGGCUAUAAAAAUUGUGAAAUAAAGAAUUUCAAAGUUAACAAGGAUGAAACAGCUGCACAAUUAGAACUACAUUGUUCUUCAAUAACGUUGGCGGGCGACUAUGAUAUUAAAGGACGUCUUAUAGUUCUAAAUAUAGAAGGACAUGGUGGUUACAACAUUAUUUCAGGAAAAUAUAAAAUAACCAUUGACUUUGAACUGACGAAAGCACAAGGGAAGGAUGGGAUAACUCAUUUAGCAAUCAAAAACUUUAAAAUAAAAUGUGAGGGUUUAUCAGCAAACAAAUACAAAUUAAAAAAUUUAUUCAACGGUCAGAAGGAAUUGUCGGAUGCCGUACAUAAAUUCGCUCAUGAAAACUGGAAAGAAGUUGGCUCAUUUGUGGAGGGACCGGUGUGGACUGCUAUAAUAAAGAAAGUCAUACACUAUAUAAACGAUUAUCUCAAGGGCGUGCCAUUAGAAAAUAUUGUUCUAUAU